GACUUAAACGGCGGAGCUAACGUGCUGCUUCGUUGCGACAGGGCGACUCCUCUUUUGCAUUUCUUUGUUUAGGGGGUAAAAUUGUCAGUGUAAUUGUGUGGCAAGGAGGAGAAAAACCGGUCGGAGGAGGUGAGCGGGUUCGGGCCUGGACUGGGCUGGAGGAGCUGGUGUGACGUAGCUCUCCACCAACACACACACACACACACCGGCUGCCGCUGCGCCUGCCAGAAUCUCAAUGUGGGGAAAUGACCGCGAGUGACCUCAAAGGAAGCACUGUGUUUUAGCAACUGCUAUUAUUUUCAUUUAAUCGUUAAUCAAAGCAAACAUGUGCGGUAAUUUUUAGCGUUAUAUUUUAGAUUAAAAUACGUUACAUUGCGGGGAAGGAUACGGCUAGCUGGUCGCGCGACUGUCUCACUAGCUCGGGGCUAACAUUAGCUAAGCUAAAAUAGCCGGGUUCUCAUCGCUAGCGGUCGGGCUUUUACAUUUUCUCUUCCUGCAGAUGCUAAGCUAAGCUAGGCUAGCUUGCUGCCAUGGAUAAAGCCAAGUCAUUGAUCGACAAGAAAGGAGCGUCUGGACCCUUUCAUGUCAACAACGGCCAGAGCCAGAGGGGGUUUCACGCCAACGGCAGCUGCUGCAGCGGCGGCGGCAGCAACGGACCCAACAGCAGCAGCAGCACCUUUGACAACAUGCAUCACCUGCACGAUGCAGAGUGCAACGGGUCCCCGGCGAAGAGGAGCAGACUACGGAGGAGGACGGAGUCGGUGCGGCGGAACAGACCCCCCUUCCCCUGGUUUGGUAUGGACAUCGGUGGCACCUUGGUAAAGUUGGUUUACUUUGAGCCAGUCGAUAUCACUGCAGAGGAAGAACAGGAAGAAGUGGAAAACCUCAAGUCUAUCCGCCGCUACCUCACCUCAAAUGUGGCCUAUGGUAAAACUGGCGUCCGUGACGUCCACCUGGAGCUAAGGAACCUGACCAUGUGCGGCAGGACGGGGAACCUCCACUUCAUCCGCUUCCCAACGCAGGCCAUGCCCCGUUUCAUCCAGAUGGGUCGCGACAAGAACUUCUCCAGCCUGCACACAACACUCUGCGCUACCGGAGGCGGGGCGUACAAGUUUGAGAAUGACUUCAGAACGAUGGCUGACCUGGAGCUGCUGAAGCUGGACGAGCUCGACUGCCUGAUCCGCGGCCUGCUGUUUGUGGACCGGGUUAGCUUCAACGGACACCCGGAGUGCUACUACUUCCAGAACCCAUCAGACACCCAGAGCUGUGUGAAGAAGCCCUGCACCCUGGAAGACCCCUUCCCCAUGCUGCUGGUCAACAUCGGCUCCGGGGUCUCCAUACUGGCCGUGUACUCAGAGAACAACUACAAACGGGUGACUGGGACCAGUCUGGGAGGUGGUACAUUCCUGGGCCUUUGCUGUCUGCUGACUGGCUGCGAGACGUUCGAGGAGGCGUUGGAAAUGGCAAGCAAGGGCGACUCUACCAAUGUGGACAAACUGGUGAAAGACAUCUAUGGUGGAGACUACGAGCGAUUUGGCCUGCAGGGCUCGGCUGUUGCAUCCAGUUUUGGUCACAUGAUGAGCAAAGAGAAGCGAGACAGCAUCAGUAAGGAAGACCUGGCCAGAGCCACACUGGUUACCAUCACUAACAACAUAGGAUCCAUAGCACGCAUGUGUGCUGUCAAUGAGAAAAUUGAGCGUGUGGUGUUUGUUGGGAACUUCCUCCGCAUCAACACAGUGUCCACAAAACUGCUAGCCUAUGCCAUGGACUUCUGGUCUAAAGGACAACUAAGAGCCCUCUUCCUGGAACACGAGGGUUAUUUUGGAGCUGUCGGGGCGCUGAUGGAACUUCUCAAAACAACAGAGGACCCGUGAAGGAAAUAAUGCCGUGACAUCAUCAUCCCUCGACAAGACGAUGUCAUGCACCCCUGAAUGCUGUGAUGUCAUCAACUCUCGAUGCUGUGACGUCAACAACUUUCGAUGCUGCUGAAAGGUCCUGUUCACAGAGGCCGCUAAAGGAACAAUAAGAGAGAGACACAGAAACUGAGAAAAGCCAUUUUAAUAAUUUAACACUUGUAAAUAAUUAUAACCUCUAACAUUCAUCUCCUAAACUUCCCAAACAGAGUCCCCCUAUCAUAGAGGUUUUAAUAUUGUAAUCUUUAAUUUAUGGUUUCCUGUAAUCAGCCCUGUGUCAGGAAGCACAGAGACACAGAGUAUUUUAAUGUUUUUUGUCACGGUGUGUAUUUGUGUGAAUAGCUACUGUAGCAUUACGUCGUGGAGGCUGUGGUUCCACAGGCGUCUAUUUGUGCAACAAUUCUUUAAGAUGGGAUGUCUGCACAAAAUGAAGGUAAUUGGGCAUUUUAACCACCAGGGACUCAAGGAAAUUCAUUUUCUGCAACCCAGAACAGAAACACCAACAAUGCCUCCUGCCUUCAGCUGUCAGAGUGCAGACUGACUGCUGUAGCCGAACCUUUCAGUAAUGUCACUGAUGCUGUAAAAGCAUCACAGGGUAAAGGUUGGGAAGCAUUUUGUUGUUGCACAAAAAGUUGCCCACCAUACUCCAGUCUUUUAGGGAGUGCAAUGAAGCCAAAUCCUGUUGAGAUUCGUACAACAGCUGCUUCCUUCAGUCCAAAUGGAAAACAGAAAAACGGUCUUUAAUUCUUUCUGUUGCUCCACUGCACAUGGCCUUUGCUUUUAUUGUUUUGUUUCUCCUCCGUCUGCCUACAUGUUAACAACAUUAACAACACCAUAUUGCCACACAUGCAUACCUAAUCUGCUGAGUUUAGUGUUAGAUCAUGGGACCAAGACAUUGUCUUCCAACGGAUGGCGCUAUAGAAGGUGUCCGAAUUGUUGUUUUCUCUCAACUAGCAUUACUGCCACUACAGUUUAGAACCCCGUCUGCCUUCGCCUUCUUCAUGUUGUUGGCCAACAUUCCCCAGCUGAUCAGUUUUUCAUUCUUCUUCGACCAUUUUAGAUUAGUUAAAAUAAGAUUUGGCCUAUCAAGUAAAUAAUGAAAAAUGCACAUCCCAAGUCCAAGGUGAUGUCUGAAAUUGUCUUGUCAGUCCCAAUGAUAUCUAGUUGCAUAUGCUAUAAAACAGAGAAAGGCAGGAGUGUCCAUAUUUGAGACCCUGAAAAAAUGAAUUUCCUGCAAUUUUUGCCUGGGAAAAUUACUUAUCAAUUUUUAUUUCUUUUUUUAAUCAGAAUUUAACACACAUUAUGGCACUGGCAUGUUUGUCCUGAUCCAAGUCUAUAUCAAAACUAGAACAUGCACCUUAGACAAGCUUUUUUUUUUUUUUUUUUCUCAAAUCGCAUUUUACAAAAAUAUUGGCUCUUUCAAAUUGUAGUGAAACAAUGGCCUGAGAGUCUGGGAUGGAAACCCUUCUUGAUAUCCUGAAUUGCCUGUAAUAAUGUUCUGAGAAGACAUUUUAAAGGAAUUGUAUAAUCUGGAGAAGCUAGAAUUGUAAAUGACAUGCACACCUCAGCUUCUAGGCAAGGUUUGCUUGUUAUUGUGGAUGACAGUGAAUUGCAGACACCAUAGCUGUUUUAAGAAACCUAGUUUAUAGUUUCCUGUAAUGUCCCCUUCCUCCCAGUCUGGACCUUUACAGCCUUUUAUCUCUGUGUAAUCUCCACACAGUUAUACUAUAAAUCUGGGUGGUGCUAUCGCCACUUUCCACUGCUUUACAUAUUUAGAACCACUGUCUACACGCCUUUACUCUCCAGCAGAGAAACUGUGCUCUUGUAAAUUACCACCAUCUCUCAGUUUUAUACACUACACUUUUUGUUGUUAAUAUACCUCCAACCCAUCACUACCCACAUUUUCCUGAAAAGUGUACAAGUUUUUUUUGACAGGACCUUUAUAAAGUUUAACCCUCAGUAAUAAUAACAAGGCUAAGAUCCCUAACAGCUAGUUGAAUGUUGUGCAAGUAUUCUGAACGUCUUUGCACAAAAUCAAGUGAUUCCUGUAAUCGACUUUAUACCAUCUAACGUACCCACGGACUGCACUUUGACCUCAGCAAAUAUUUUUUUUUCUGCUGUGCAGUUUGAUAAUGGGCCACAUAGUUCUUCGAAAGUUAUUCAAACCUGAUGUUUUUAUCCACAAUAAACUAACAUUUUAAGAGAUUUGCUGUUGAAGCAGUAACAUUUGCAAAUUAUAGAUUGAACAUAUUCAAAACAGAUGAGGGCCCUUUAUAAUGUUUAUAAUUAGGGUUAAUCCUCUGUAAUUCAUACAUACUAAAAGUUAAAAAAGUGUGUAUUGUCUGUAUUGGAUACUUGAUUGUAACUGGCUUUAUUAACUAUAUGUUGGCUUCAGUAAUCCAAAUGCCAACACUUGUGCAAGUGUUACAAGUAAAACUGGCAAAUACUAUUUGGUAGUAGUGUUGUGGAGGGAUUUGUGCAUUUUGCAAGCAUUUCCUCUGCAGUGGUGACACUGCAAAUGUUCUUUUAAGGUGCUUUUAUGGUCUGUUUUUAGAUUUGCCUUUUUUCCAACUCAUGUUUGGAUGAUAAAAGUGGCCUCGACCAGCCAGGUGCCGCUCAGCUUUAAAACUGGGCUGGUGUUGGUUAUCUUGUGCCACCCCUUAUUCUCAUAUAAAAACCCUCAUCAGUUGCCUUCACUGUGUGUUAGCCUGGUUACACCGCGUCUGUGCCCUUCAUAUUCCUGUGUGAUUUCAUUUCUUACCUGCUGAACUUCACCUCACUGUUUUUGUUGUGUUGUGCAUGUGAUUCUCUUUGUGUUCGGGUGUCACACUUGCUUUCUUUGCUUGUUUUUUUGUUUGUUUUGUUUUUGCCAUGGUACUGCAGCAGAUGAUUCAGUGCAGUUAACGCACAUUAAAUGUCAGUGUUCGGCAUUCACAACUAUCUGCUAGUCCCAAGAUUGUUCUUCCACUCGUACUGUUGUGGUUUUGAUAAUAAAAUUUGAUCAUUUAGAACCCCACAUCAUACUUUCGGUAACACAAAUCAAUUAUAAUAAGAACUGGAAUGUUAGAUGUUUACCUGAUACCUCUAUUUUUAUUAUUUUUUGGGUAACAGUUUGGUUUGGGAACAUUUUUCAAAAGGUAUGUCCUAUUAUGAUCGUUAUCCUGCUUUUGUUGUGGCCAGUAGUGAGUAAUAAUGUGAGUCUACGUGUUAUAAUAUGUGUUUUGAAUAUAAUGUUGUACAGAGUUUCUUUUCAUGGUUCAUUUUCGGUUGGCACAAAAGAACCAGUGCGAUUGUUUCCUGAAAUGUAUAUCCCUGCUUUCAUGCUCUGUCAGGCAGAAGAAGCCUUUUCAAACAUGUGGUGAUUUGCAGCAUUUAUAAAAGUGAUCAGACUGGAAAGAAGUUGUACCUCUUAAACACAUAUCAUCGUGUCCUGCAGAGCCUUUUAUCUCAAAACAGAUGGACGUCCAAAUCGAAGGAGCAUUUCUUCAUGGAAGCCAGUUUUAACAUUUUUUUAAUCUGCUGUUUAACAUGUGGCUCAGUCCUGGUGUCUGUUUGAAGAUGAUGCUUUGACUCUGCAUAACAUAGAUGACAUGUUUUAAAGUUAAUUUUAAAGUGUACCUGUAUGUUUUCAGUCACAGUGUAACUGCAAGUUAUAGCAUAUUUUCCAUAUUCAACUAAUCUAAAACUGUUCUAAGCCAAACUCACAAGUUGCCAUGUGGAUAUCAUGAGUCCCAAUAUGUGUAGUAUUUUUGUACCUAACUAUUGUACUGAUGCACCACUGCAGCUUCAGUGUUUUUGACUACAAAAACCAAAAUAACACUUUAAAUUCUUCACAUUAACCGUGUUUAUGUUUUCAGCAACAAUGCUCAAGAGACCCAACCAUUCAAAGCAGUAUCACAUAGUUGACAUCUUUAUUAAGUUUUGCCAUUUUCUGUGACUGCAACACAGAUACAGUAUGAGGCAAGAAUUCAGAUAAUUAUGUUAUUAAGACUCAACAAUGUGGCUGUUUAUCUGCUUUGAUGGUGGUCUGAGUUGUGAUUUUAGAGUUUGGGGUUUUGAACCUCACUUUUGUUUCGGGUUAAUUUCCCACCGGGACCACCUGUACUCGGAUCAGUAUGUAUGUCUCGGUACUGUAAGGAGCGUUGGCUGAACGCGUCCACCGAACGGCAAAUGUCAUGUCCCCCAUAGUGUUAUCUAACUAACAGGCUAUGCAGUAACUCAUCCAUUGAUCUCUUUGUCCCUUUCAACAAACUCACCUCUUCUCUAAAGCUACCAGAGUUGAUUUGACUUGUUUGUAAAUGUUUUUAAAAAUAUAUGCAACCCUGUUAGUUCUCCCCUUGUAAGAAAUCCUGUUUGAAUCUUGACGGAGUUUCUCCUCCUGAAGUUUCUGUCCUGCUGAUAUAGUUGUAAACACUAUUUAAGGUGGAAGCUCGCAACAGGAUGCUUAAGGCUGAAUUAUGAACCAAUUUAGUGAACUAAGCGCGCUUUUUCAGUGUGAUCUGUGUGACGUAAUCAUGCUGAACAUGUACGCACUGUUUACAUACCUACAGUUAUUAUGAAUCCAAACUUUAUCUUGUUGGAUGAACAACCCUGGUAAACACCUUGUUGCUGUCAGACUUCAGUCAAAGUGACGCAAUGUCCCUUGUGACCUUCUGACCCUUUUCACUUGUGUAACGUUUUUCGCACUCACUUUGCUGGAGGAUUUCCUCAGAGGUUCUUAAUCUUGUCAAACAUCCUGUUGCGUGGACACGUCCAGCCUAUUGAAAACUGUCUUCUGGAAUGCUUGACUGGCAGGACAGACCUUAACACCCUUGUGUAUUUGAUUGUACAGAGAUUUUGUAAAUAAUAUUAAUAUGAUAUAUUCUACACCAGCAAUCUGUCUGUUGAUUAAGUUGUUUCAACUGUUCAGGGCCUGGCUUCCCAAACAUGACUCGGCACUUAUUUACAAUCCCGACGCAGACAGAAGACGCACCGAGACAAACCACUUUUCUCUGUAGCUCUGUUCUGCAGCUGUAAUGAAUAAUAUUAGGACUAGAUAUAUUUGUAGACAAUUAUUAGUGUUUGGCAGCCAUUGUAGAGUCCCUCGUUUUAACCUUUAUUGUCACUUUAAUAUAAUUUUAUCAAUUCCAUUCAGAUCCAUUUGACUUUUAUUAUAUAUAACCAUGCUAAAUAAGUCAUACGUACUCUGAUUGAGAAUUGAAGGGGAAUGUGGUCUGUUCAAUAAAUGUUUAGAUUGAUGCUCUUGGUGCCCACAGUUCGGACGCUUGUUUUCUGUCUGCUGGAUUUCUGUGCCGCUUGUUCCACACCGGCUCCUCUGGCUGUAGACGUUUUGGGAAGCCCAGUGCUGGUUGUGGGCGUCAGUUCUGCUGCUGCUUUUAACUCCGGUUUGAAAUAAGAAAGGGUUAAAAAGAAAGAAAAAAAUAUAAUAAAAAAAAUGGCUCCCUGCCUUGUGCAAUGCGUAUGUAAUGAAGUGAAGAGAUUUUUUUUUUUCUAAAACGGAAUUAAACUAAAACUGGAUAAGA